AAUAUGGCGGGAGUUGAGUGAGACACAUGCCAAAACUUUACAUUGAGAAUUGAUUUCUCGCCCUGCGCACCGUGUGUACGUGAAAGAAAGCCGUCGAACAAAACAUGUCCCGCCACAGGAAUGUACGAGGUUAUAACUACGACGAAGACUUUGAUGAUGAUGACAUGUACGGACAGUCCGUGGAGGAUGACUACUGCAUCUCUCCUGCCACUGCCGCACAGUUUAUCUACUCGCGUCAAGACUCAAGGCAAGCACGGCAGGUGGAGACACUGGAGGAGGCAGAGUAUGAGGAAGAGGAGGAGAUGCCAACCUCUCCCACAGUCACACACACACUUGACCCACUGGAGCAAGGUCGAUUGUAUUCCUGUUUGGAUCAGAUGAGAGCAGUACUUGGAGACUCAGUUUCAGACUCCACACUGACUCGGGCAGCGCUGAAAUACGACUACGACCCUCAAAGAGCCCUUGAUUUCGUCCUGACUGAAGAGAAGACUAAUGCACACACCCCUCCGGCCAGAACUAACCCACAGCCCGAGCCAACCCCUGCACCGCAAAAAGCUAAAGCACGGGAGGCUCCAGAAAAUCGUGUUGAAGCAGAGGUUGUCCCAAAGGUUGCACGUAUGACUGUAUCAGGCAAGAAGCAGACCAUGGGCUUUGAUGUGCGAAGAGCGGAAGAAAAUGGCAUUGUUGCCACAUCAGUCCGCAGAGGGCCGAACCCUGAGGUCAUUGCUACACCAUUCAUGGAGACUCCAUCGAAGCCAGCGGUUGUUAGUGAAGAUGCUUCCGGCCCUACCCCACACCGCCCUGCUGGAAAGAGCAAACAACAGCUCAACAUCCGUGCCGAACUGGAGAAGAGACACGGAGGGAAACAUUUACUCAACCUGGUUGUCAUAGGUCAUGUAGAUGCUGGUAAGAGCACUCUCAUGGGUCAUGUGUUGUAUCUACUGGGGAAUGUUAAUAAGAGAACCAUGCAUAAAUAUGAGCAGGAAGCCAAGAAAGCUGGCAAAGCCUCUUUCGCCUAUGCAUGGGUCCUGGACGAGACAGGAGAGGAGAGAGACAGAGGUGUGACUAUGGAUGUGGGCAUGACAAAGUUUGAGACAGACUCUAAGGUUAUUACACUGAUGGAUGCACCAGGACACAAGGACUUUAUUCCGAACAUGAUCACAGGGGCUGCGCAGGCAGAUGUGGCCAUGUUAGUCGUAGAUGCCAGCCGUGGGGAGUUUGAGGCUGGGUUCGAGGCAGGUGGGCAGACCAGGGAGCAUGGACUUCUGGUCCGAUCCCUUGGAGUCACUCAGCUUGCUGUUGCUGUCAACAAGAUGGACCAGGUGAACUGGCAGCAAGAGAGGUUCAAGGAAAUUGUCUCCAAGCUUGGUCACUUUCUGAAGCAAGCUGGUUUUAAGGAUUCAGAUGUGUUUUACAUCCCUACAAGUGGCCUUUCAGGAGAGAAUCUGACCAUCAGGAGCAAAGUACCGGAUCUUACUGCCUGGUACACUGGGCCAUGCUUACUUGAACAGAUAGAUGCUUUUAAACCUCCUCAGAGGUCAGUAGAGAAGCCGUUCAGACUCUGUGUGUCAGACGUCUUCAAAGAUCAGGGCUCUGGGUUCUGUGUGACAGGAAAGAUCGAGGCUGGCUUUAUUGAGACAGGAGACAAGGCACUGGUCAUGCCACCUAAUGAGACCUGCACUGUGAAAGGGAUCACCCUCCAUGAUGAAGCUUUAGACUGGGCAGCUGCUGGUCAUCAUGUCAGUCUGACGGUAACUGGCAUGGAUAUCAUCAAAAUAAAUGUUGGAUGUAUAUUCUGUGAUCCCAAAGAGCCCAUCAGAGCGUGUACAAGGUUCCGAGCAAGAAUUCUCCUCUUUAAUAUAGAAGUUCCGGUUACUCAAGGCUUCCCUGUAGAUUGUAUGAUACCUUUGGAAAGUUCAAAGGUGCUGUUGCAUUAUCAGACAGUCAGUGAACCUGCCACAAUUAAGAAGUUAGUCAGCAUAUUACACAAGAGCAGUGGAGAAGUUCUCAAGAAGAAACCAAAGUGUUUGAGUAAAGGACAGAACGCAGUGGUGGAGAUUCAAACACAUAGGCCUGUGGCUCUGGAACUUUAUAAGGAUUAUAAAGAACUGGGUCGAUUCAUGCUCAGAUAUGUGGGCUCGACUAUUGCUGCUGGAGUCGUCACAGAGAUCAAAGAAUAAACACCAGUCUGAAUUGGAUCCAUCAGAACAUACUGGAUGAAAUCUCUGAACAGAAGUGCAAUUCCUCCUCGGAGCAUACACAAAAACAAAGUGCAUACACACAAAGAUACCCUUUAGGCAACCUGAUGCUAGCUGCAGUUAAUUUUACAGACAACACACACCUUUUCAAAGGCUUAAUGUUGUGGUGUGAGUGAAUGUCUUGUGUCUGAAUUGCUCUUCAGCUUUCAAAAUUCAAAUGAACUGUGUAAUAGACCCACAUUUCCCUCAAAAUCUUUUAACUUAAUACCUCUUAAUGAUCCAUACACUUUAACACAAAAUGUUUACCUGUACUUCCAUCCAUUCGUUUAUGAAUCUUCGAUCAACAAACUCAACAAAUUUGUAUUUUAUAAUGUGACAUUUUCUUUUAGAUCGUUGUAAAUUUCAACAUUUCUGAUGACCGUGUGGUAGCAAUAUGGGACAUUUAACCUUGGUUCAUGUCAAAGGUUUUAAAGAUUUAAUAAAAAAAAAUAUUUAAGGGUGUAUAGUUGAGGGGACACGAAAAAACAAACAGAACAAUGCUGGCUGCAUGCUCUCAACUCCAUUAGUUUCUCAUAAGAGCUGCACGGACAGUGUGUGUAUUAUACCUGCUGUUCAAUUGUCACUACAUCUUUUCAGUCGUUUUCUGGAAAACAUAUGUAUUGAGAAUUAAAUAAACUUGGCAAGAUGAUUAGUGGAGAAAGAGAUGUGGAGGGGAUGGGAAAGAAUUAAAUGAGGCAUAAACUCAUCUGGGAAUCUACACAGAUCUGCCACAACAUUAAAACCACCUACCAAAUAUUGUGAAGGUCCCCCUCGUGCUGCCAAAACAGUGCCAACCCACAAUUGUACAGAGUGGUUAUCUGAGUUACUGUAGGCUUUGCCAAUUUGAACCAUUCUGGCCAUUCUCUGUUGAGAGAUAUGGGUCAGGAGCUUCAGUUAAUGCUCAGUUAACUUUUUAAUCAACCAUCAGAAUGGAGAAAAAAAAAUGUGAUCUCAGUGAUUUGGACCAUGGCAUGGAUUGUUGCUGCCAACUUCUGAUUUUCUGGGAUUUUCACGCACAACAGUCUCUAGAAUUUACUCGGAAUGGCGCCAAAAACAAAAAAACAUCCAGUGAGCGGCAGUUCUGUGGAUGGAAAUGCCUUGUUGAUGAGAGAGGUCAACAGAGAAUGGCCAGACUGGUUCAAACUGACAAAGUCUACAGUAACUCAGAUAACCACUCUGCACAAUUGUGAGAAGAAUAUUAUCUCAGAAUGUUAUUCUGAGAUGCAGGUUGGCGCUGUUUUGGCGACACGUGGGGGACCUACACAAUAUUAGGCAGGUUGUUUUAAUGUUGUGUCUGAUCGGUGUAUAAUCAAACUUUCUUUAAGCUUCUGAAGGACAUUAUUGUAUCUGACUUAUUUGAUCUUGACAUUAAUAUUAAGGUGUUUUAAUUUAAAUAACUUUUUGUUUGGGUGUAUUGAGGCUGAAGUUUUUAGAUCCGGGAAAAGCUUCAUCAGAAAAAUAAAAAUCACUGUGGAAAACAUGAGUGUCUGUGUGUUGACAGCCAGUAAAUAAACUGUAAAAUAAAAUUUGUGUACAUGUAUUUAAUCCCCAGGCAAUUUUAAUUUGUGCUAAAUAAAUGAUUAUAUA